UAUUUUCAGGCGUUUUGCCGACGGUCACACUAUAGUUACGCUUGCGCAGACAUUUUUGUUGAUUUACAAAAAUUAAAGAAAAAACCGCAUCAACUAACCAGUGAAGGCUUUUUAACAGUGUCAACAUGAAGUUGAACCCAAGAACAACCUGGCUGAAAGGUAUAUAAAGGGCUAGAAAAGUGUAACAAAAUACGCCUGCCACUCUAGGCACUCGUGAUUGUGUGUGUGCCUGCCAUUGAUUACAUAGUUGGCAUAGGCGAGCCGCAGGUGCGAGCGAGAGGGCCAACGUGCAGCAUCCACAUCCGAAAAAGGGGCAGCAACAGAAACUGCAUUCCAUUCCCCGAAAGCAGCAGCCCCAGCCUGGAUCCAUGAGAAAGUGAGCGCCAUGCAUCACCAUCAUCCGCCGUUGCCUAUAACUGGCGUUUCCUCGACCGCCGUCGCCGCAGGAGGUGCUGACUCCUCGCAAGCAGCUGCCACCGGACCGACGGCCCCUUCAGCCACAACGUCUAAUUCAAGCACCCAGCAGCAGCAGCGACGACGCAAAAAGCGACCCAAUUACAACUACAAUGGCAUCCGCACCGUCGAGGUUCGCAGGGGCUACAACGGCUUUGGAUUUACCAUCUCCGGACAGCAGCCCUGCCGUCUGUCCUGCAUCAUCAGCAGCUCGCCCGCGGAGCAGGCCGGCCUGCGUUCCGGUGACUUCCUCAUCUCCGUGAACGGCCUGAAUGUCUCCAAGCUGCCGCACGAAACCGUAGUGCAGCUAAUUGGAAACUCAUUUGGCAGCAUCCGGAUGCAGAUUGCCGAGAACUAUUACUCCGACAGCUCGGAUGAGGAGAAUGCCAACGCCACCCUAAGGGGUCAACUCCUGGCCGCCAGCUUGAGGCACAAACCGCGCUUCCUGCAUCACAAGGCCAAGCUGCAUAGGCUGCGCAACUCGCCGCAGAAGAAGCUGCCUCUGCCGGAGGCAGUAGAGCCAAGUCCAAAACCAUCCUCUGAUCAUCUGACCCUCAGACCAGUGCUGGAAGAUGCUCCGCUCGUGGCCAGUCUGUCCAAGGCGGCAGAUGUGGCUAAUGUCAGCGCCAUGGUGCGAGCGGUGGGCAGCGCUGCCUUGGAGUACCGCGUUAUGGUUGGCUAUUUGGGGACCAUCGAGAUGCCCAAGCAAAUUUCGCACAGUUCCAAGCUGCAAACGGUGCGCUCAUGCAUUCGGAAGCUGCGCCAGGAGAAACGUCAACCCACCAUCGUGCUCAUGUGCAUCACACCGGACAGCCUGAGCCUGCAGAGCGCCGGCGGCGGAGUCCUGGCCACGUACUCUUCGGCGAGACUGAACUUCGUUAGCUCGUCCUCGGAGAGCGAGAACCGGUUCUUCGGCUUAGUGACCAGCGCGGUGCACAACACCCAGAUUGAGGAGGAGUACGAGCCGAGCGCCGGCAGCGGAGCAGCUGCUUCUGGCCACAUCAGCAUCUCCCACAGCUGCCAUGUGUUCGUCAUCGAUACUAAGCUGAUUGAGCAUGCCCAGCACAUGCAGCGAGCCCACGAGUUCCGGCUGCAGUGCACCCGAGACCCCAUCUCCAAUUUGUGCCUUGAGUUUCCCAACAACUCGGAGUACGUGGUGAACCUGGUUCGCAGCAUGUACACCAUGCGCAUCUUACCGCCGGCCAGUCGCAGCCACCAAGCGGACUACGAAGCAGGAGCUGGAGUCGCUGGAGCCGCUGCUCACUCACCGCAGCCCUCGAAUCACAGUGAGAUAUCCACCACCACCUCAAACUCUGACUCGGGCAUCGGAUUCAACAACGAUUGCACCAAUAUUUCGGAUCGUAUUCUGGUCGUGGACUUCCUGGGAGCCGAAGCAGGAGCAGCACAUGCCGGACCGCCAACACAUCCGGCGCCAGCUCGGCCGUUGGGCAUUGUGGGUAUUCCGGACAACCGAUUGACUGUGCGGGCCAUGCCCGAUCCAUCUGGCCAUCCAAAGUCGCCGCCAGGAAGCUCUUCGCUGCGUCGACCCAACCUCCUGGCCAGCUUCAAUCUUAUUAAGAGUCCGGCCACGAAUCUCACGUCCACGCGCUCUUGUGAUGAUGUGUUGAAUCUCUUCGUGGAUGAUUCGCCGCGUGCAUUGGGCGCUGUGGCCUCCAUGGACGACAUUUCCCUGCAUUCGGCCGCACCUUCUCUAGAUGAGGCACACACCUUUGCCCAUCCAUCAUGUGUGCCCCGAAAGAUACGCAGAUCCUUGAUAAUGGAGGCUCCCUCAACACCACACAAGCUGAGUGCCCAGGUCUUUGGACAACCUGGUUCACGUCACUCCCUGGGAUUCGAGGCCAUCGACAAUGUCCAAUCGUCGUCGGCCAGUGUGACAUGCAUCGAUCAGGCCAUGGAUACAUGGGCCAGUCUACAGAACCUGCACAAGUCACACAGGGAACGAGCCAGUCUAUCAGCGUCCUCGUCUACGCAUUGCCUAUUAGAAGCUACCAAUAGUGAACCGGAUCUUGGGAACCGCGCUCUGCCCGCCAAUGCCUCGCCCUUCCGCCGAGCCUGGGGACAGUCUUCCUUCCGCACGCCACGCUCCGACAAGGUGGCCAAGCAACAGCAGCCGCAGCAGGGUCACUCGUCGCCCCUGGUGAGACGUACUGCCUCAAUGAACGCUUCCGACAACGAUGUGUACAUCAAGACGCUGAUGCUCGAUCCGGAUCUGAAGCCAACGCGUAGCCAACAACAACUGAGCCUGCUGCAGGUGCCCAAGAUUCUGACCACACCAGCCCCGCCCUCAGCCAUCUCAGUGUCCGUGACUAAUGCGGAUUCGGCGCAGGACCACGGCGGUCCCAGCAGCUGGGGUAGCUCCUUCGAGCGGAUGCUGCAGGAUGCCGCUGGUAUGCAGACCUUCUCCGAGUUCCUUAAGAAGGAAUUCUCCGCUGAGAAUAUCUACUUCUGGACAGCCUGCGAGCGCUACCGGAUGCUCGAAUCGGAGGCGGAGCGGACGUCUUUGGCCCGCGAGAUCUUUGGCAAGCACCUGGCCAACAGCAGCAGUGAUCCGGUCAACGUGGACUCGCAGGCACGCAGCCUCACCGAGGAGAAGCUCGCCGGCGCCGCUCCCGACAUCUUUGCGCCGGCCCAGAAACAGAUCUUCAACCUGAUGAAGUUCGACAGCUACCAACGCUUCAUCCGCUCCGAUCUGUACAAGAGCUGCGUGGAGGCGGAGCAGAAGGGCCAAGCCCUGCCCUAUAAUGGAUCCGAUCUGGACGAGCUGCUCAAGACGAAUUUUCACAUGGCCGCCUCCUCUAAGCUCAAAAAAUCGGCUAGUAAUGCGGAGGAUCGGCGGCGCAAAAGCCUACUUCCCUGGCACCGGAAGACUCGGAGUAAGUCCCGUGAUCGCACGGAAAUAAUGGCUGACCUCCAGAGUACAUUAAUGCCGGCGCCACCACUACCACCACCCGCCCUCCUCACCAGUGCAUCCCUUAAGCUCGUCUCCGGACAGAACUCCCUGAGCGACCUGCACAGCUCACGCUCAUCCCUGUCCUCCUUCGACGCAGGCACCACAGCCGGUGGCCAGGGAGCCAGCGCAGAGAGCGUGUGCUCCCUGUGCCGGGUGAUCCUCACCGAUGGAGCCACCACAAUUGUCCAGACAAGGGCCGGAGAGACAGUGGGACAGCUGGUGGAGAGGCUGCUGGAAAAGAGGAACCUGGUGUAUCCCUACUACGACAUUGUGUUCCAGGGCAGUACCAAGUCCAUUGAUGUGCAGCAGCCAUCGCAACUGCUGGCCGGCAAGGAGGUAGUCAUCGAGAGACGUGUGGCCUUCAAGUUGGACCUGCCCGAUCCGAAGGUGAUUUCGGUAAAGAGCAAGCCCAAGAAGCAGCUGCACGAGGUGAUCCGGCCCAUUCUCAACAAGUACAACUACAAAAUGGAGCAGGUCCAGGUCAUCCUGAGGGACACCCAAGCGCCUCUGGACCUAAAUCAGCCGGUGACAAUGGCCGAUGGCCAGCGACUACGCAUUGUGCUACUCCACUCGGAUUUUCAGGCAGGCGGCGGUAGUAGCGUGCCGCCGAAGCAAAGCAAACCGAUGAAGCCGCUACCGCAGGGCCAGCUGGAUGAGCUGACAAACAAGGUGUUCAAUGAGCUGCUGGCCAGUAAGGCGGAUGCAGCAGCGGCAGCUGGCAAUGAGAAGCAACGACCCAGCGACCUGUGUUCCAUGAAAUCCAACGAAGCACCUUCGGAAACGUCCUCAUCCUUGUUCGAGCGCAUGCGGCGCCAGCAGCGUGACGGCAGCAACAUUCCCGGCAGCAAGCUGCCCAAGCUCAAGAAGAAAUCGACGAGCAGUCAGCAAUCCGAGGAGGCGGCAUCGCAACCAACGGCGGCCGCAGAUCCCAAGAAGCCCAUUAUAGCCAAGCUAAAGGCGGGUGUGAAGCUGCAGGUGACGGAGCGAGUAGCCGAGCACCAAGAUGAACUACUCGAGGGCCUGAAGCGAGCACAGCUGGCUAGGCUGGAGGAUCAGCGUGGCACAGAGAUCAAUUUCGAUCUGCCUGAUUUCCUGAAGAACAAGGAGAAUCUCAGCGCAGCCGUGUCUAAGCUGCGUAAGGUGCGGGCCAGCCUGAGCCCCGUUGCCAAAGUACCACCCUCUCCCACGGAGCUUCCACAGCCGGCACCCCGGCUAUCCAUUACACGCAGCCACCAUCCGGUGUCGCCCAUGAAGGUGGACCAGGACCAAGAGACUGAAUUGCCUACCGAGGCGCAGGACCAAGCAGAAUUCGCCAAAGCACCGCCACCGCUGCCGCCCAAGCCAAAGGUGCUGCCCAUCAAGCCCUCCAACUGGGGCGUGGCCGUUGCCCACCCCACGAGCAACUAUUGCAAGUUCUCACCCGCCAAACAGGUGUCACCCACAUCACCCAAAGAACCACCUACGCCUACAGCGACGUUUGUGAGCAAAAUUCCACUGGAACUGGGUCGCAAGGCUCUGGAAGAGGCGGCGGCGGGUUCACGGUGUGCCUACCUGGAUGAGCCCAGCAGUAGCUUCGUUUAAUACGGCUGUUCCCGAUGCAAUUUAAUUGGCUUUACUGAUCUUUCUUGUAUAUAUGUCUGCACUAUUUAUUGACACUGAUGUCUAGUGUAUUCCCUACCACACACACAAUCCAUGACGAGCUUUCGCAUGUAAUUUACUAAGUGAACAUGAUCGUCUGUAUUUAUAGCUAUCAACCAUAAGCAUUAGCUUUACUACUUUUUGUAUAAAUAUAUAAACAAACAUAUAUCAACUAUUUCUUGUAUUACUGCUUAAUUGUUUGCUUAUUUCCAAGGUACUGAAUAUUGAGUUUGAUGUAUUAUCCCGGGCACAAUUCUGAAUCAUCGUUAUUUCAUGCUACGUUAUAGUACACAAAUCUUUUAUCCUAAAUGGUCGUGUGUUUAGGAUUAACUAACGGGAAUAUAUACGCUAAAUCAAUCAGCUAAGUUCACUCUUUAUAAUACGUAAAUGAAAACUUCUUUCUUAGUUUCUUGGUGUAUAAAAAACCACUUUUAAAACCUCCACU